UCCCGGCUGAGCUGAUGGAAGCUGCGUCUGUCAGGGCAUGCUGGGAGUUGUAGUUUCCCGGCUGAGCUGAUGGAAGCUGCGUCUGUCAGGGCAUGCUGGGAGUUGUAGUUUGCGUCUGUGGUGCGGGGCUGAUGGGUGCUGGCAGCGCUCUGCAGGGUGUUCCUGUCUGCUGCGCUUCCUCCUGUGCUGUGGGCUGGAGCAGCAGGAAUGUAGUGAGUCAGAGACUCCGGAGAGCGAGGAGCAUCCAUGUGUGUCUCCAGCGCAUCUCCCUCCACCAUGUCCGAGGGCUGGGAGGAAUGGCCGAUCCUGGGUCCCGGCUGGAAGAGACGCACCGUCAUCCGCAAAUCUGGAGCAACUUCUGGACAGUCCGACACCUACUAUCAAAGCCCCGAAGGUCAACGCUUCAGGAGCAGGAAUGAGCUGUCCAAGUAUCUGGGGGACUCGGUGGAUCUGUCCUGGUUCGAUUUCAAGCGCGGUGUUGUAUUAGCGGCUGAUAAGAGAAGACCUCUUCGGAAUUAUAUGCGAUCUCCGAAACAGCCAAAGAGCAAGACUAAGACCAGCGCUAAAAGUCAGAAGUCGUCUCUUCCUGUGGAGAAGAAGGAGAAGUGUCCUGAGGAGAAGGUCGAUCCCAAAAAGAAGCUGCAGAAUGGGAAGGAGCCGGAGUCAUCGCGAGUCAUGUGCUGUAGCGGCUGUAACUCUUGGUUUACCGGAGUGGAGUUUGGUAAAUCCAAGCAGACGGUGUGGUACUGUGCGGACUGCAGAUCCUCCAGACGGGCCUACAACAAGCAGCAGAAGCUCCUAAAGAUUAGGGGCUGCGGGUCGUGCACCGCCUGCCGGCUAACGGAGAACUGCGGACAUUGUUCUGUGUGUCUCCUCCGAACUCAGAACCCAGAAUUUGGAAGCUCUGAAGUGUGUGAGAAGACGCUGCCUGCAGGUUAUCAGAAAGGUCUGAGAUAUCAAUAUCAGGAGCUGUAA